AGGGUCGACACACCUCGUUCUACAUUGACUGAACACACCAGAACAGGUCGACAUGUUGUCCAUCCCAGAUCUGAUCAAGAAGAAGAAAGAUGGAGGAGCGCUCAGUGAUGAAGAGAUCAAAGCCUUCAUCGAAAGUGUUACAGACAAAACUAUACAAGACUGUCAGACAGGGGCCAUGCUGAUGGCUAUCUGGCAGAAGGGAAUGACAGAUAAGGAGAUUGUGACCCUGACCAAGGAGAUGAUGUCAUCAGGGGAAGUGAUGUCAUGGCCAAAAGAGUGGGCGGGGCUAGUGGUUGACAAGCACUCAACAGGAGGGGUGGGAGAUAAAGUCAGUCUGGUAUUAGCGCCUGCGCUAGCUGCCUGUGGCUAUAAGGUGCCUAUGAUCAGUGGGCGGGGCUUGGGUCACACAGGAGGAACUCUGGAUAAACUGGAAUCAAUUCCAGGAUUCAACAUCCAGCAAUCAACAGAUCAGAUCAAAAACAUCAUGGACUCAGUGGGCUGUUGCAUUGUGGGUCAGACGGAGACGUUGGUUCCUGCGGAUCAAGUCCUGUACGGUAUGCGGGACGUCACCAGCACAGUGAACAGCUUACCGCUAAUUACUGGCUCGAUUAUCUCAAAGAAAGGAGCCGAGUCUCUGUCUGCUCUGGUGCUGGAUGUGAAGUUUGGACGAGCUGCUCUGUAUAAAGACCUGGACAGUGCUAGAGAACUAGCACAGUUAUUAGUAAAGGUGGGAAACAGCCUGGGCAUGCUUACGGGGGCGGCCCUCAGCUCUAUGGACGGUACGAUUGGUCGCUGUGUGGGCAACAGUCUGGAGGUGAUCGAGUGUCUGGAGACGCUGAAGGGGAAAGGACCCGACGACCUAAUGGAGUUGGUCACAACUCUGGGCGCCCUGUUGCUGAAGAUGACUGGCUCGGUGUCUGACCUAUCAGAGGGCAGAAAGAAGAUUUCUGACUCUGUGAUUGGUGGAGCUGCUCUGUCCAAGUUCCAGGCCAUGAUGGAGAAACAGGGCGUGGACAGUGAGGCUGCCCGGACGCUGAGCUCCACCGACACAGAUUACUACAGCAUCCUGAGAAAAUCCAAGCAUCAGAUCACACUGGAGACGCCUGCAGAUGGUGAUGUGGUGGAUGUCGACGGUAUGAUCUUAGCUGAAGUUCUCCAUAAGUUGGGGGCGGGACGAUCGAAGUUCGGAGAAUCUGUCAAUCACAGCGUAGGGGCGAAGCUGCUGGUGUCGCUGGGUCAGAAGGUCCAGAAAGGCGCCUCCUGGCUGGAGCUCCAUUAUGAGGAUCCGGCUCCGACUGCAGACCAGAUCAGUCGACUGCAGAGCGCUCUGACUCUGGGAACACGCACACAACACAACACACAGACACAGACUGUUGUAAAAGAAUUAUUGUUACCUCAGUAAUGUCACUUUUUAACACAUAACAACAAACCGCUGCAGACUAGUGAUUAAUUAGUAAGUAUCAUCACUCCUUGGUUACCGUUGCUAACCUAACCUGUCAAUGUGUCACUCACACGGUACACAAUACAGUUUACAACAGAGCUCAACAGUGACCGCCCACUGUUUGAACGUCUCUGUUUCCGUAAGUGUUAUUCCCCGUUCUGAGCUUUUAUCAAAUGACGAUAUAAAGAGUUGUAAGCCUGGAACCGAGCCAACCAGCUACGAGAUGAAUCGUAACAAUAAAACAAUUUAUUCGGCACAAAUUAACAUUUUGAAACGGCAAAACAGACUUCGCUAGCCGUUUGCAGGUACAGGUACGUACUCGCCUUUAUAUUGUAGUGAGAUCGGGAAGUUAUUGUUAUGCCAGUCGUAACCAUCUCUCGCCACUGUACCAGUCGUAACCAUCUCUCGCCAUUGCACCGGGCCAGUCGUAACCAUCUCUCGCCAUUGCACCGGGCCAGUCGUAACCAUCUCUCGCCACUGUACCGGGGCCAGUCGUAACCAUCUCUCGCCACUGCACCGGGGCCAGUCGUAACCAUCUCUCGCCACUGUACCGGGGCCAGUCGUAACCAUCUCUCGCCACUGCACCGGGGCCAGUCGUAA